GAAGGCCUUUAUUAGAGAGACAAUAGUGAUUGACACUCAUGUGGACAGUGUUUGUGCGGGAUUUGGCAUAUAAUUAGCAAAUCCAGUGCUUAAUAGCAUUGAAUACAUUGAAUAGAGUGUGUAUAGAGUGGUGGAUGUGAUGGCUGUCCCUUAUCUGGAGCAUUUCUUGGACAGUUUGGAAACGCUUCCAACGGAUCUGCAGAGGAAUUUCACACUCAUGAGGGACUUGGACACCAAGACUGAGGAACUGGUUUCAAAGAUUAACAAAUCGGCCGAAGACUACAUACUGUCUGUCAAUGAUUUGUCGACGACAGACAAAUGCGAGCGUUUCGAUCAGAUCCACGACAUGUUCGAGAAGGCGAAGGUCUUGAGCGACGAUAAGGUUCAGCUCGCGAUGCAGACCUACGAGAUGGUCGACAAACACAUCCGCAGACUCGACACAGAACUGACCAAAUUUGACAACGACUUGAAAGACACGCACAUCACCACUCAGACCACGGACACCACCCCUCACGCCACCGAUGAGGUCAAGAAAAAGGGCAGAAGGGGUGAUAAGACUAAGAACACGGGCUUUAAUCCUAAACAUGUUAUCAAAAAUGAAUCGGAAGGGAAGGGCCGAAAAAAACAAGACAUUAAAAUGACGGACACCAUAGCCUUAGCCAACACAUCGGUGGCCUCCGUUCUGCCGGCAUUGAUGGCCAACGCAGACAUCGGCCUCGAUAUGGCUGUCGAUCCCAGUAAUGGAUUGAUUGUUGAAUUGGUCUUUAAAAUGACUAAUGAUGUAUUGAAUUGCAUUACAGAUGAGCCCACGUAUUGUCUCUGUCAUCAGGUCUCCUAUGGAGAGAUGAUUGGCUGCGAUAAUCCCGAUUGUUGCGUGGGCCUGACUAUUAAACCUAAGGGCAAGUGGUUCUGUCCGAAGUGUGUGACCGAGAGGAAAAAGAAGUGAACGAAAAGUAUUGCAUUUAUUUGUUUAGUUAUUCAUUACCUGUAAAUCACUCUAAAUUUAAAACUAAUCUGUUACUCGAAAGCAAUUACUUGCAAACAAUAACACAAUAUAUUUAUAAACCCUUUCAUGCAUUCUCACAAAA